GGGGCCUGUUGGUGCUUUCUCAGGGGACAGGCAGGGAAGAGAGAAGGAAGAGAGAAGCAAAGACCCCCAAAGGAAGAGAAAGUCCCUACCCCAGGAGGCAGCAGAGAGCAGCUGAGUGGAGUGCAUCUGAGAGAAGAGAACAGGAGAGAUCCUGACCAGAGACUCAGCACAGCCCCAGCAAACACCACAGCCUGGCUAUGACCCUGUGAGCCCCUUCCUGAACCCCCACCUGCAGGAUGGCAGGCUCACAGCAGACCCAUUCUGGAGUCUGGAUGUGGCAACACUGAAAGAAGUCCCAGAGGAUCUCGGGAGCACCUCUCAGGCUGCAAGGUGACUCAAGCAGGAGGUGGCCACUGGGAGCCCAUGGUAGCUAUCACUCCAGCCUUCUGCACCCACCAAGGACCUGACUAGAAGGAGCCAGGAAGGGCCACUGGCUGGAAAGAGAGCAAAGAACACAGGACAAACUGCCUCCACAUCUCCUGAGGUCAGCUGCUUCAUCCUUCCAGCUCCCUACUGCCUUCUGUGUUUUCCGGAUGCAGUGAUCUUGGGGAGCCCAGCCUGGAUAGGGGGCUGGGCAUGUAAUACCUGGAGAGACCCUUUGAAGCAAGACAAAGCUGAACCUGGCAAUAGUGACACCUCUGACAUGGAUCCGUCAUAGACUCUGAGCUAGUGGGCACAGGUUCCAGCAGAGGACUUAUCUCCCAACACCAGUGGGUGUGUUUGAGACGCCAUGGAAGUUCCUGUGGACACAGAAUCACACUUGGAAAACUUGAUGUGAGGCUUCCUGGCCUUCCCAGCUUGCCCUCUGGAUUCUAAAAGUUUCCGGAAGGAACCAGCACCAGCCUGAGCACGCAGAGCCCCCCCACUCCCUUAGCUACUCACAAGCCUGCCCUCUACAGGGUUAUGGAGAGUGAGGGCUCAGGGUGCCACCAGGCACCCAGGAAGCGGAGCCUGCCUUUCUCCAUUGAGGAGAUCUUAAAGAAGCCCCCGGAGCAGGAUGUGCUCAGGCCAGAGAGGGAAGGAGGAAAGGGCACCAUACCAAUUGCAGGUUCCGUGCCAGAGAGGCCCCCCCAUGACCAGCCUCAAGAGGAGAGGAAGAGCAAGCGGAGGGUGAGAACCACCUUCACCACCGAGCAGCUGCAUGAACUGGAGAAGAUCUUCCACUUCACUCACUACCCAGACGUCCACAUCCGCAACCAGUUGGCAGCUAGAAUCAACCUCCCAGAAGCCCGGGUACAGAUCUGGUUCCAGAAUCAGCGUGCCAAGUGGCGGAAGCAGAAGAACCUGGGAACCCCACAGCAGCCCAGUGAGGCGGAUUCAGUUCCCACCACAAAUCCAGAAGUGGGAGCUCCCCUAAUGAGAUCCCCAGAGCUGCCCAGACCAGCACCACCCACUGGCUGUUAUCUACCACCUCAGGGUCAGCUGAACUCUGCCUGGCUCCCUGCCCCAGUCACUCUCCUCCCGUGCCACCCGUGGGUGACGGUCCCUCUCCAAGACCCUCUUGUCCAGCAGCCUCAAGUCCCUGCCCUCUGCUUCCUCCCAUCCCCACACCCCAAGUGGAGCAUUGUCUGUGCCACCUCCACCUAGGGGACAGAGCUGUCCCUCUGUGGAGGAGCAGCAGCCCUCACCAGGUGAAGGCAGAUGGCCAGAAGGGGCCUGAGACUCUGGGGGAGUUGCUGUCACUAUUCAUAGAUGCUCCCAUCACAGAAAGCCAUGCUGGACUCCACAGCAAGACAAGCAGAAAGGGUGUUGUCUUCUCUCCAGACAGUCACUGCCCUUGGGGUGUGAAACUGGGCUGAGUGCUUAUGAAUCCUAAAACUACAGCUCACCUUCCUUUAAGUUGCUGCAUGGCCUCCAGCCCAUCACACACCCCUUCCAGGCCUCAUCUGUAACAGGAGCAGUUGGACAAGAGAACUCCUGAGGUCACCUCUGUCACUUACCUGGGUAAGGCAAACCAUGGAGAAAACUGAGCCACACAGGAGCCCAAGGAGGUUUGUUCACUCAUUCGUAGCACACAUGCUAAGCUUGCACUGAAGGUUCCAGUGUGUCCGGACUGGAGGCAGACACAAACUGCCUAAGCUCAGCCCCAGGACUCAAGACCAAGUUAGUUGAACUGGUAUUGAUUUGACCAGCAGGCAGAAUAUUCACUCUGUGACCUUGUGAUUGACCUUGCAUACAACAUUCUCUAUGGCUUUGAAGUGAAUGUCUUGAAACGGGAGAAAUACAGGAAAAAUGACUUUUCAAGCAAAGAGCAUUUUGUCUCUGGUUACUCUAUGGGGAAAGGGAGAGGCACUGUCCUUCCUAGUUUGAACACAGAGUGACACAAUGAAAAAAUGCCACAAGGAGAUUCUUGUGCUCUUUUCUCUAUAUCCCUCCUCCCGUCAAUUUCUCUCUCCUAUCAAGUAAAAGGAAAAAGGGGAGAGGUGAACAUGACUGUAUGGAGUGGUGAUUUGCAGAGCAAACACUGAGCCCUAGUGAUAACAUUGGUGGCAAUAAAAGAAAGAAAGAAAGAAAGAAAGAAAGAAAGAAAGAAAGAAAGAAAGA